ACGGUCCGCCCCCAUCCUCUCAGCUGGGAUGGAUGGUUCUGAGCUCCGCUCCUCGCUCUCACACUGACAAGCAGAAAUAAAUCGGAUCGGAACCAGGCCGGUACCAGAGAGCCCAUGUUCACCGACAGGAUGACUCUGAGCCCGCCCGGACCGUCCGGACCCCCGGAGGAGCUGCAGGAACUCGGCUUCAUGGAGCGGCCGAUCCGGAGGUGUCUUAAGACUACUGAAGAGAUCGAUCAGCUGACAGUGAAUGAAGACCUUAAUGAUGUGGAGAGAGCAGUCUACCUGCUUAGCGUGGGUCAGGAGGUCCAGAGAGCCAGUGUAAUCAGCAACCUGCCAAGUCUGGUCCGUCAAAAUCCAGCUGAGACAUUUCGUCGAGUAGUACCCAAAGUUCGAGAAGUCCUAAAUGGAGCCACCAAUGACAUCCAGCUUGCAGCAGCAGCUUCAUUUUUAACCAUCCUGCAGGAUGACAUCAUCCUGAUCCACACACAUACCUACUCUAUCCUGAAGAUUGUUUUGACCCACCUAAACCACAGAGACCCAGUGGUGAGCAGUGCCUGGUUGGAGACUCUGCUGUCGGCCAUCAAUGCUCUGCCCAGAGAGACCAUCAAACAGGAGGUCCUGACCCCUCUCCUGUACCAUUCUCAGGUUUCUCAGUCUCUUCAGGCUCGUCUGGCCAGCUGCCGUAUUUUAGGAAAAGUUGUCUCCAAGUUUGACUCUCACAUAGUGAAGAAGGAGUUGCUGCCACUGGCCCGAUCUUUGUGUCGAGAUGUGGAACCAGAGGUCCAAGUCUGUAUGUGUCGUCAGUUUGAGAGCAUCGCUCAAGCCAUCGGGGUAGAUGAUACCAGAACCGAGCUCCUUCCUGAGCUGGUGGAGCUAGCUGAAGACGAGGAGGAUAGUGUUCGACAGACUGCUUUUGACAGCAUCGUCAACCUCAUGGAGAUGAUGGACAGCGAUGACCGCCUCCAUGUCCUGACUCCCAUGGUGAUGUCGGUGUGCAACGCUUCAUCUCAGGUGGACAAAGCCAUCACAACAUCAUUGUCAUUCCGGUUUGGGACGCUCUGCAGUGUACUAGCAGGUUUCUUGUCAGAUGAGCAGAAGCGUCUCAUGCUGCAGAAGUUUCAAGUUCUGUGUGUCACUGGACUUUCUACCGAAGGUAACCAGAUGGAGAGCAACGAUUCUGCACUGAUUCGCUCAAACUGCUGCUACAACCUGCCGGCCAUGCUGGCAUUUGUGGACUCAGCCCGCUUCCUGUUGGACCUUUACCCAUCUUUCUCUAGUCUCUGUAGAGACCCAGAGGUCAGCGUUCGACAAAAUGCUGCCGCCAUGUUCCACCAGGUGGCGAAGCUGCUAGGUUCUGAUGUCAGCUUAAUCCACAAUGAGCUUCUAUCUCUGCUGCAAGAUGAUGCCCUGGAGGUGUUGGACACUCUAAUGAACCAGUUAGAUGAAACCCUGGAGUUGGUUCUGUCCAGAGGAAACAGUCUCACAAUGGACAACAAACUCUCAGAGUUGUUGUCAGCACUGCUGGUGGCUGAGCAGAAAGUUGGAUGUUCUCUGCGUUGGCGUUUGCAUGAGAAGACGUUGCAACGUUACAGCUGUCUGGCCAGACUGCUGCCGGGAGAACUGCUGCACCAGAGCUUCUCCACGCGGAUCUUCAUGAUUCUCACCACCAAUAAGGUGUUGCCUGUGCAGAGGGAGGCAGCACGGACAUUCUGCACGUUCCUGCGCUACAACCGCAAACAAGAGCAGCGUCAGGAGAUGAUGGAGCAACUGAUCCAAGAUCUGGCUCAGGGCCGCAGCUACUGGAACCGUCUGAGGUUCCUUGAUGUUUGUGAAGUUGCCACAGAGAUUUUCUCUCGAAAAUACUUCAACAAACACUUUGUUAUCCCAGCGCUGGAGCUUGUCCACGAUCCUGUCCCCAAUGUGAGGUACAAGCUCUGCCAGUUGUUGCCACGGAUGCGUUCAUCACUUCACCUGCCAGCUGACAAAAUACUGCUGCAGAAACUUGACUUCUGUGUCCAGAAACUUCUCUGCAGGGAGAAAGACAAAGAUGUGGUGGCCAUAAUUCGAAAGACAGUGUUGGAACUAGACAAACUGGACCUGUCUGAGCCUUUUCUUAAGAGACACGAGUGGGACUUCUUGGAUCAGAAGAAGGAGAAGGAGGAGAUGCUGCUCUUGGAGAUGGAACAGCUAGAGCGACACCAGAGUGAUGGGAAGCUAAACCACACAGAUAGAAAACGAAGAGAUGGUAAGACCAGUCUGUCUUCCACCAAGUCCAUGUCCAUGUCCUCAUCCACAGCAGCCUCAUCCUCCAGUAAAGAGACGAGGAAGGUGAAACUGUCACGCAGUAGGUCCCUCAGCAGCCAGCCAACAACAUCCAAACCCAUGAACUUAGACCGCCUUCUAAAGGUCAAGGAUCUAGGCAGUUCUGGACCAGGAAAGUCCACUAAAGAUGACUCACUGAGGACCACCCACUUCACUUUGACUACCCAGUCCACCUCAUCUAUGCCAGUUCUGAUCCGCAGCAACACCACCGGCCUCCUGGAUCAGGCCAGUGCAUUGGAGCAGAGAGACCUCAGAACCAGUACCUCAGACCAAAGAGACCACAGAAGCAGUACUGUGGACCAAAGAAAUCAUAGAACCAGCAGCUUGGAUCAGAGAGAACACAGAACCAGUACCCUGGACCAGAGAGACAACAGAACGAGCACUUUGGACCAGAGAGACCACAGAACCAGCAGCUUGGACCUGAUAGACCACAGAACUAGUACCUUGGACCAGAGAGUCCUCAGAACCAGUACCUUGGACCAUAAAAUGCUCAGAACCAGUACCUUGGGGCAGCGCAGUAAAACCAUAGACCAUGGCUGUGGGAUGAAGGACAGUCAGACCAGGAAGUUGUCCAUAAACAGGAAGUCGGGUUCUUUCCAGUCUGGGCAAGACUGAGAGUGAUGAGGUCAUCUUACCUACCCUGGAUCUCCAGCUCAUCAGCUGCUUGGGAGCAGCUUCCUUCCAGACAGAAGAUUCAAGAUAUUACCCAGAAUGCAACGCAGCAUCAUGUCUACCUUAAAGAGGCAGCUGACUCUGAUUGUACCCACUGAUCACUGUGUAUGGUGAAUGUAAACCUUCACCUGAGUGGAUCAGUAAAACACACAUAUGCAGGCAUUUGGCAUGUUCUGAUUGGAUGGACCUUUAUGCUGCUGGUUUGUGAUUGGUUGGAUAAGUGCUUAUGUCACAGCAGCAGCCACUAUGAGUUAAACAUGACAAAGGCAGUGGUGAAACAUCAAAAAUAUAAAAACUGAACUAAAAUUGUUCACAUUUUCUGUUGCAAAUUGAAUCUGUUGGUUUUAAAGUGGGUUUUAAAGAAGAAAUGCAAGAAUCAUCCAUCCAUCCAUAUAAAUAAAAAAACUCAGAACAAAA